CAACUGAAGGAGCUGCCGCUGCAGACCACACCUGAGCAGGACAGCAUCCUGAGCCUCUCGGCCCGCUGCCUCCUGCUCACCUGGAGGGACAACGAGGAGCUCAUCCUCCGGAUCCCCACCCACGAAAUUGCCGCUGCUUCCUACCUGAGGGACGAUGCGCUGCACCUGCUGGUGCUGAAGACAGGCCUGGGCGUUGACCCGGUUCCUGCAGGGGGCCCGCUGGAUGUUUAUCCCGGAAUCCCGCAACCGGACAAGAAAUACCUUGCAGGAGCCGCUGCUGAGAAGAGACCCUCAGACUCCCGGCAGCUGGGCUGCCCCAUGGAGCGGCGCCACACCAUCUGCAGCCUGGACUGGCGCAUGUCUCGUGGGGGGUCAGAAGGGCGUCCGAGUGGCGGAGGGAGCCUGGAGCGCAAGCAGGCCACAGGCAGCUGGGAGAAGAGGCAGCGGACCAGCAGCGGCACCGGGAGAGCCUUCGGCAGCUGGGAGCCCCGGCAGAACCACGGGGGCAGCUGGGAGCGCCGGCACGGCAGCCAAGCCGGGGGCAGCUGGGAGCGCGGGAAGACCUAUGGCAGCUGGGAACACCGCCACACAGGUGCCAAUCCCCUGGAUCCCAAGGAGACCUGCCCAGACGCCUACUGCAACCUGGUCAUCUUGGCCGUGGCCAAUCGAGAUACCGCCGAGGAGUCGUGUGCUCUGAUAUGCCAGGUUUUCCAGAUCAUUUACGGUGACCAAACCAUUGAGUGUGUGGAUCGGGCUGGCUACCAUUACACCUCCACCCCAAAACGUCCUUGGCUGUCCAGCCGGA